CGCACCUGCUGCGUGCUUAGGAUUCUCAACAUGGACUAAUACCCCAGAGGCACUAAAUGUACCUGCUGAAAAGUCACGUAACUCGGGCGAAACAAAGCAACCUGGACAGUGUUGGCGUGACACAUUUUGGAGCUGUGGAGGUGAUGUGUGACUCAUUCCUGCGUCGUGUCGGAUAAACGGGCGAUUCACACUUUCAAAGCAGCAAAUCAAACGUACUUCUGAAAAAAAAAGGUCAUACUGAAUGGGAUUUUUUUUUUGUUCUUGAUUUAUAUUCCGACAUCGUUUUCCUUGGAGUAUUAUAAGCGUCCUUCAUGCUGACGGAAACUUGCAUGUCUACAGAUGUAAUUUAGUUGUUGGGAGCCAAUUGGUUGGAGACUGCAACCUGGGCAUCUUCGCGACACGGUAAAGUCCUCCUCGUUGCUUACCUGAAAAAUUAAAUGUUCUUAGAGACUCCUUUUCUUGUACGAGUUAUUUUACUAAAAUUCGCGGCUAACUUUCCCGUGCUCCUCCACAUGGACGGAUUAUAUAUUUGGGUGGUUUAAAAUCUCAGUGGAAGCCCGCGACAUCGUGUCAGACAUUGAGGAGAAAGGAUUCUAAAGAAGGCGUCAACCCCAUUUCACCCAGGACUUUGCAUCUGCCAGAGCCGAUGGCAUCCUCCGCGCCUUCAUCCUCCGGUGCCGGUCCAGAUCCCAACUCAACGAGUUUGCGGCCGGGAGACAGAAAUACAACCUAUGACACUUGGUGCGGAGUUGCUCAUGGCUGCACAAGAAAACUUGGUCUGAAAAUCUGCGGUUUUUUGCAAAGGACGAACAGCAUCGAGGAUAAAGGCAGGACAGCGAGCUCACUGAAGGAUCGGCAGUCCUCGAAGAACGUGAACACCAGUGAAAACAGCGACAGGAGCUCGUUAUUCAGGCGCGCGGAAACGGACUUUUCUAAUCUCUACGCCAGAGACUUGCUGCCAGCCAAAAAUGGGGAAGAACAAACCACACAAUUCCUUCUGGAAGUGGUCGACAUUCUUCUCAAUUAUAUUAAGAAAACUUUCGAUAGGUCCACUAAAGUGCUGGACUUCCACCACCCACAUCAGCUAUUGGAGGGAAUAGAAGGUUUUAACCUGGAACUCUCGGACAACCCUGAAUCUCUGGAGCAGAUACUGGUUGACUGCAGGGACACACUAAAAUAUGGCGUUAGGACAGGGCACCCUCGGUUCUUCAAUCAGCUUUCUUCUGGUCUUGACAUUAUCGGUUUGGCCGGGGAAUGGCUUACAUCAACAGCUAAUACCAACAUGUUCACGUAUGAAAUAGCACCAGUGUUUGUCCUCAUGGAACAAAUUACACUGAAGAAAAUGCGAGAGAUAAUUGGUUGGCCCAACGGCGACGGUGAUGGAAUUUUUUCACCUGGAGGAGCUAUAUCAAACAUGUACAGUAUAAUGGCUGCACGCUAUCAGUAUUUCCCAGAUGUUAAAUCUAAAGGGAUGACUGCAGUUCCUAAACUGGUCCUGUUUACUUCAGAAAAUAGUCAUUACUCGAUAAAGAAAGCAGGGGCUGCACUUGGUUUUGGUACAGACCAUGUGAUUUUAUUGAAAUGUGAUGAAAGGGGGAAAAUAAUGCCAGCUGAUCUGGAAACAAAAAUUAUUGAAACUAAGCAAAAGGGAUAUAUUCCAAUUUACGUCAAUGCAACAGCUGGAAAUACAGUCUAUGGUGCAUUUGAUCCCAUUGAAGAAAUUGCAGAUGUUUGCGCUAAGUACAAUCUUUGGCUCCAUGUUGAUGCUGCAUGGGGAGGUGGACUUCUGAUGUCCAGAAAACAUCGCCAUAAACUGAAUGGGAUUGAAAGGGCCAAUUCAGUCACUUGGAAUCCCCACAAGAUGAUGGGAGUUCUGUUGCAGUGUUCUGCUAUCCUUGUCCGAGAAAAGGGCAUUCUCCAAGGUUGUAAUCAGAUGUGUGCAGGGUACCUAUUCCAGCAGGAUAAACAGUACGAUGUGUCCUACGAUACAGGAGACAAAGCAAUACAGUGCGGCCGUCAUGUGGACAUCUUCAAGUUUUGGCUAAUGUGGAAAGCUAAGGGAACAGUGGGAUUUGAAAACCAAAUUAAUAAAUGCUUGGAUCUGGCAAUGUACCUCUAUAACAAGAUAAGAAAGAGGGAAGGAUAUGAAAUGGUAUUCGAUGCAGAGCCGGAGCACACAAAUGUUUGCUUCUGGUACAUUCCACCAAGUAUUCGCGAAAUGCCAGAUUGCGAAGAGAGAAAGGAAAAGCUUCGCAAGGUUGCUCCAAAAAUAAAAGCACAGAUGAUGGAAUGUGGCACCACAAUGGUUGGAUAUCAGCCUCAAGGAGAUAAAACUAACUUCUUCCGCAUGGUCAUUUCAAACCCAGCUGUAACGAUAUCUGACAUUGACUUCCUGAUUGAGGAGAUUGAACGACUGGGAAGUGAUUUGUAAUUGGUUACAUUGGUUCUGUUUGCUAUUACUAAGCAAUGUUUUAUUUUGAAACUGAUUAAUGUACAAUUAAUGUGUUAUUUAAAGAUCUGUGCAACACAUUUUAGUACUGUCAGGCAGUAUGCAAAUCUAUUCUUUAGCCAAUGAUUAUUUAUUAGAAGUAAUUAUUUAACCGAUACAAAAUCUAAAUACAUAUUGUUCCUACAUGUGAGCCUCCAUGUGUAUGUUCCUUUGAAAGAGCUCAGCAUUCUAAACUGUGAGUACUGUGGAAAAUGUGCAGUGAAUCUAACCCUUAGAGGUAAAAUGUAACUCUAUCAUAGUAGACUUACCUAGACUGUGCAGAACCUUUUCGUAGCUACACUGUGUCAGGUGCUUUUUGUCAUAAUGUAAAAUUAUGGAGUGUAAAGCACCAAAUUUUAUUCUAGAUGCAUUAUUUGUGAUUUUGGGGUAAGAGUUGCAUAAAUACUGUAACGGAUGGAAACUAAAUGUCUUUUUAGAAAAAAAAUAUUAAUUUUGUGUAGAUUGUGUAUACAAAUGUCAACUGAUUUUUGUGAAAAGGAAUAAGUGUAAUAGUUUUACAGUAACAAAACUGUUUAAAUCUGUAGGUAUAUACCAAAAUAUUUGCUUAUUUAUAUCCAGAAAUUUACUGUCUUACAGAGGUGUCUAGUAUUUUCUUCCAUUUGUAUGUACUGUAUCUUUAUUUAUAUAUGAUAUCAAAGUUCUAAAUAAUGUUUAUGGUAUUUUAGUGUAUAUGUGAGCCAAAGAAUACAGCAAAAUAAUGGUGAUAAUAGUAUUUCUAUUUAGUGUGGCAAUUGUGCAGCCUUUAAAGUAAUGUGGAAUAUAUAGCUGCACCUGCUGAACACAUAAAGUAUUAUAUGAAAUUGAAAACUAUCUUAAAUGUACUGUAGUUUGUGACUUUAUUCACAAGUUGGUACGUGAAUUUUCAGAUAUGGUGACUAGAUAUGUUUUGACUAUUGUUAAUCUGUUUGGUGUAGAGCUUUUUCAUAAGGCAGAGUCCAAGUGUAGAAAGCAAGUUUGUAUUUGUAGUUCAACAAACACCUAAAACACAAGAAUGGAAGAAGCAAAAGGGCGGUAUCAUAAAUCAUUGUCCCUAAUCCGUUCUACGAAAUGAAGAGAGUAAUCAUGCUAUUAUUUUAGAGACCAAUUUUAAUAUUUUAAUGUUAAUAAGUUUGGAUUUGUACAAAUAAGGCACAAUUCAUGCUUUUAUUACUGUUGAAGUUUACCCAAGCUUGUCAUUUGUUAUAUUUGUUAAAGAACAGAAUUCUUGAUAAUUUCAAUGAGUAUUUAAAAUUAAUUUGGUUUGGAAUAGUUUUGGUUAAUCUAAACCAAAUCACCAAACUGUAGCUAGUUUUUAAUCCCUGAGAGCUAUACUUUUCAAUUCAGAAGUUAAAACGUUUUUUGAGAGUGUUAUCUAUGUACAAUUCUCCCGACAAUGGUGUAGAAUAAAGAAUAAAGUGGGAAAAUGUUGUCAAA